GCUCUGCUUCCUCGCCCAAGGUCACUGCCAAGACUGCCUUCCUAUUUAUUUUACCUCAGUAUAACGUUAGCAUGCCUACAGCAGACAGUGAAACCGUGCACUACCACUACGGGCCGAAGGACCUGGUCACAAUCUUGUUCUACAUCUUCAUCACCAUCAUCUUGCACGCUGUGGUUCAGGAGUACAUUUUAGACAAAAUCAGCAAGCGGCUUCAUCUCUCUAAGGUUAAACACAGCAAAUUCAACGAAUCUGGACAGCUGGUCGUCUUUCAUCUCAGCUCGGUGAUAUGGUGCUUCUACGUGGUGGUGACGGAAGGAUAUAUAACGAACCCGAGAAGCCUCUGGGAAGACUACCCGCACGUGUACCUCCCCUUCCAGGUGAAGUUUUUCUACCUGUGCCAGCUGGCCUACUGGCUGCACGCACUUCCUGAGCUAUACUUCCAGAAGGUACGGAAGGAGGAAAUUCCCCGCCAGCUCCAGUACAUUUGUCUGUACCUGGUCCACAUAGCCGGAGCGUACCUCCUGAACCUGAGCCGCCUGGGCCUCAUCUUGCUGCUGCUGCAGUACUCGACCGAGUUCCUCUUCCACAUGGCCCGACUCUUCUACUUUGCAGAUGAGAACAACGAGAAGCUGUUUAAUGCCUGGGCGGCUGUAUUUGGGGUCACCCGCCUCUUUAUCCUCACCCUUGCUGUGCUGGCCAUCGGCUUUGGACUUGCUCGCAUGGAAAACCAGGCCUUUGACCCCGAAAAAGGGAACUUCAACACCUUACUUUGCAGGCUCUGCAUGCUGCUGCUGGUGUGUGCUGCCCAGGCCUGGCUCAUGUGGCGCUUCAUCCACUCCCAGCUGCGGCACUGGCGGGAAUACUGGAACGAGCAGAGCGCCAAGCGGAGAGUCCCAGCUGCCCCCAGACUACCAGCCAGGCUCAUCAAGAGAGAAUCUGGUUACCAUGAAAAUGGAGUGGUGAAAGCAGAGAACGGCACCUCCCCACGGACUAAGAAACUCAAGUCUCCUUAAGGCCAAAGUGCUGAGAACAGAAAUCCCCUUGUGGGGCCAUGGGGCAGUGAGGAACCCAGGCACCAUCACUGCCUUCCCCUUCCUGCUCGUGAUGCUCCAUCUUAAACAGCAGGAACCUGUCUUUAAACGGGGCUUUUCCUUUCUUACUUCUUGGCUUUCUCUUCUUCUUCUUCCAUAAACCAUUCUCAAUAAAACCAAAAAUCUUCCUCUUUCUCUCCCUCAAGCCACCUCAUGUCCUCACCUCUGUACUGUGUUGGGUUUUCUAGAAGCACAGGUGCUCGUGGUUCUCUUUCUCCUGGCCUCUUUAUUUCUCUUCCUUCACGACUGCUUCUUUCUCUCUUGACUUCUUUUACCGUAUUGUGCAAUUUUUCUGUGUGUCUUGAUUUUUACAACGAGAGGGAGCUAAGGUUGUGGUCCUCGCCAUCCAACACCCAGCGUUCGUCCCCGAGACCUGUCAAAGUCUAGAAGCCUCGUUCAUGCCCAGGAGCUUCCGCCUGGGGCCAGUAGCAGGUCCCCCGAUGGCCCCCGUGUGGAUGAGCAAGAAGAGAAGAGACCGGCCCUCUCGGAUCAUAAUCUCCUAGGUGCUGAUUAAAUGGCGAGAUGUAUGAUUCCAGUUCUGCACGCACCAUCUCGAGGCCCAGCAGUGUCACUGCUUGUUGUAAAUGCCAAAGCCCUUGGCUUUGGGACCUGACGACUCGGUCCAGAAGGAUGGUGUUAAGUGUGUUGGGUCCUGUGACUCAAGCCAGCCUGCCAGCGGCUGGUCCCGGAUUGGAAACCAACCCGCCCUCACUCUGCUGGGCAAGUGCUGAAGGGGGAACAAGGCUCCCCACUCUCCAGAGCAAGAGGAAAGCACACUGAGCAGCAGGCUCUUCUGGAAAGGUAACGGUGGCAGAAGUGAUGGCGGAGUCGACCCAGGCCUUUCUUCAGCAGCCCCAGCUGCGCUUGCUUUUUUCAACUGUUCACCAGCAUUCAAAACCAAACAUGACAGCAGUAAACAGACCAGCGGGCAUAUGCUGGUCUAAACCCCAGACCCAGGCAGGCAGCCCGUGUGAGGGGCCAGAGCUGCUGCCUGAUCUCAUCUCUCAAGCUGCAGGAACACCAAGCCCCCGCGUGCCCUGGGGCCCCAGCGAGGGUCACCUGGGCCACUCUCUCUGGCCUCCCUUGUUGAAUGUUCUUUGGAAUUGUUGUUGUCAUCUGCUGAUGUUUGUUGAGCACACCUAGCAUUUUAGACGGUCUGAACCAGGAGUGGCUGCUUAGAUGAGCAGCCCGGCUGUGCCGACAGGAGGCUUUCUGCCCUGCCCCUCACUUAGUCUCCCCACAAAGACAAGGCCUUCACCUCCUGAUGGGGCCCAGCCCUGGGAGGACUUCCAGAGUUAGGCUUUCAGAGGUCCGAAGUAAGAACCCCUCCCAAACUCUGCUGUAGUGAGGGGAGCAGUUCUGAUGGGCACAGGACGGGGUGUCACGCAGUGCGCUCGUCCUCUUUCUGAUACCGCAGUAGGAGCCUAAUCUUGGAUGAUUAUCCAAAAAGGGGGAGAUAGGUCUUUUCAUCAAGGCAGCUCCUCUUUCUCCAUGUCACUUGCAUCAAAGAUCAAUUUCAAUUUUCUGGAGACCGAAGGAUUUCUUUCCUAACACCGCUGUAGACCCUUAUCUCUCUGUUCAGGAAAAGGUGGCUGAAAUGGAAGGAACACCCUUGGCUUCUGAUUACCUUAGGAAGUGGGACCGCUUUUUUGAAAAUAGGCAUUUCUCCCGUCCUUCUCUGACACUUGUCUGGGCUGCAAUGCGGAAGCUCGGUAAAUGGGUGGCUUGGUGUCACCCUGACAGACCCGAUGUGGAAGCCCUGAGCCGUUUCAGUCCGACAGCCCGGCCAUGGCUGUAGUUGCAUUUGGCUCCCUACCGGGCCUGGUAAGUUGGUAAUGGGGCUGUUCAGCCUCCUGUACCUGCCCCAUCAGCCCAGCCACCAUCCCGGGCGCUCCAGGCCGUGUCCUAGGCAGCGUGUCCAGCUCCCCGUGAGAGGCGGCUUCCCCAGGUAAGCCCUGUUAAACUGUGGAGUCACGCUUUUCGCAAGUACACGCGCUGUGCUGCGGGCCGGGAAGGGGCUGCGCAGCACCUCCAGUCCUGCCGUCAAGCAGCCUCCCUUCUCCCGUGGGUCGGUGUUUCAGAUGUUCGGUGCCAGAGGCCACACAGUUUCGUGUUCCUAAUUCUCCAGCGCUGUGCAGUGGUGUGCCUCAGAGGUGGUACUGCCAGCCCAGUGACUGGGCCAACUUAGGCUGUUUCCUAAAGAAGGGGGUUUGUUCAGCGAUGAGUGUUAGUCAGAUGUUUUCUGCUCUGUAAAAACCCCCGAGACCAUGAGUAAGGCUAGCAUCUCAACAGCUGGGCUUCAGGAAUGAUUUGAGGGGAGGGGAAAUAAUAGGGAAACGAUCAUUUGUCACCCCACUGGCAUCCCUGGCACAUUUCUUUCAGAGCAGAGCCAAGUCUCUGGCACGUUGGCUCAAACCAUGUUGCCAGGAGCCGAAAUAUCUCAGUUCCACUGCAUCCUGUGAGCUUGUUGGGCUGGCUUGUCCUGAUUUGGCCGUUCGGGCUAUGUUCUUCUGUCUUACACACUCUGUCCUAUUCCCAGUGUGGCAGACCGUCCGUGAAGGCCGUGUCAGACGCCUCCAAGCGUGAGAGGCCAGCUCAGCACCAUCCACCCGGAGCAGGAGAAUGCAUGCUAAUCUACCUCAGCAACCGCUGCCUCUCCCCACACCCCUGGCUGGCACCAGUGUGAGGGGAGCCGAGCAGAGGGCAGUGGUGGGAGAGGGAGAGGCAGGCCGCGGCAGUGGGCGGGAGGAUCCCAGGCUGCAGGUUCCCCUCCUCGCAGGUUCAGUGAUGGGCAAGUUAUUUUUACCAUCCGGGCUCUGAGAGCUGCACUAUUAAUAAGUUACAUGUGUCCUUCAGAAGGUAGGGGAAGGUUCUGGGGGAAAGGGGAGCAGGCCGAGCCAGGAGGAGAGCUGCUUCUCUCUCCCGUUCUAAUCACUGCAGUUGGGUUUUCCUAGGCCUGGGGGAGAGGAGGACACGACUAAGUCCCCUGCCUCAGGGCCGCAGUGUCCUAGCGAAUAUCCUUCGCCGUCCUCUGUUCUUCUCUCACGGAGUGUGUCGGAAGCGUGUGAAUCAGCUCAACUGAGUGCUCGCUCUUCUCUCCUGCUGCCUUCCCAGCUCACCGCGCUGUUUGUCAGGAGGAACUUGGGGGCAUGACUGGAGAAUGGGCUCACUGUCAGAUGACUUGAAACCUAAAUAGAAUCCCUCUCCGGCCCACGGUUGGCCCAGUGAGGAAGGCUUGACUAACUUUUCACGGUUUACUCCAGUUCUCGCCUGAAUCUUAAUUCCUCCUCCCCAAAGGCUGAAAAGACCCCCUCCUCAGCUGCCUCCCUACCCCCCCCCCCCUUUGUGGAGGUCUCAGAAAAGCUUUGGGACGGUUAGGACCUACUGGCUCUAUGCCGCCUCUCGGGCUCGGCAACCCAUGUGAGUUUUUGUGCUAAGCAGAUCCUUAUUCUUGUGUAAGAAGUGCCUUACUUGCCAUGUGGUCUCACAGUCUUCACUUGUAUUGCAUGGCCAGCCCCCAGCUGCCAGGGCUCGAGGGCUACUGGUCUUGUGCAGCCAAGGACACUGGACCCCGGUACAGUUACAUGUAAAAGGGACACGGAUUGUGACAGUUUCGCCUCAUUCGUCUCGGUCUCCACCACCACCCACCCAUCUAACCACCAUUGUGUUAGAGUCUGCGGUGUGUUCUGUUUUGUUUCUGGUUUCUCCCUUGUGUCAGUUUUCUGGCCCCGCUGGGUGGCUGCAGAAGCCGGGGAGGGCCCAACACAGGCCCCUGUGCCUUGUAUCUAUUAAGGGAAGCUCAGAGGCCUCCAGGAGCAGCAGGCCCCCCUCUGGCCCCCACAUGGUGAAACCUGCUCUUCCAGGCCCCCACCCCCUGAUUAUAAAGAAAGGUACCCUUGCUAGAACCUCUUCUGCUCUAUUUUGCUUUCCAUUCAACCCAAAGGUUCUAUUAUACAGGUGUUUACUUCCCAGUCACAAGUGUUAAUGCGCUGAUACCUUUUUGACAGUGGGUCUCAUUCGGCUGUUGCAGAACUUCUCCGAGCUCCUAAUUCAGUGUUACCUUGUAGUAGCAGCAGCUCCCCUAGCCCUUGCCCUGCCUGCCUUUUCCUUGUUCUUCCGGGUUGUGCAAUAACCCUCCCAGCCAGUGGUCUUUCCACAGGCCUUACUGUCCCUUUCAACGCCCUGGGAAGGGCCGGGACCCACGGGAGGGGUCGUCGUCAUCCCCUACAGAAGAAAUGUUAGCCACUUUCUCUUCCUUGCUGUCAUUCUCUUGAUCCUGGGUGGGUUUUUGUGGCACUCUAGUAGAACAUUGUAGCAUCGUCUUAGACGUCCAUAUAUAGUUUUAAAAAAUCUGUUGAGAAGGAAAAAGAACUAUCCUCAUGAUGGGGCAUUAAUAAGUCAGUGUCUGGGAGUAAGAUCGGUGACACGUGAGGCAUCACCAUCCCUCUGCCCAAAAGCAUUGUAGAGUUUCUUGUUCCCAUGGAGAGGAAGGAGCGUUUUCUGAGUAUCGGCCAUGUGUGGACAGCCUCCUGUUCACCUGAUAGGAUCUGGCUGUGAUUAUGAUUAUAAUAAGUACCACCAUGUCCUUGGGUACAGAUUCAAGUGUUUAUGUGAUGAGACUAUAAACCUCAUUUUUCAGUUCCUCUUGUUUAAUAAACAUUGGAAGGAUGAGCUGAGGCUGCUGGUGCCCUGAGCAACUCAAUGCAAAUGUGGACAAAAAGUGUCUUUUUGUUUUUCUACUUUAGCCUGUUCAUGUUAUGGACCAAAUUUCAACAAGGAACUCAAGGAAAAUUUGUACCUGCCGUAUUUAUGCUCAUGUAAAAGGUUGUUUUUUUUUUUUUGGGGGGGGGACUUUUUACUUUCAGUGAACUUUUUUCAAAAUCCUGUCUCCACUGUUUCUGUC